GCGAGAUUGCGCCCUCUACACAUCUGGGCCUCGAGCUUGAGCUAGAGCUUGAGCACUCACACCGUCUGCAGCCCACCGGCACGGCCUUGUGCUUCGCCGUCCGUCUGAACCGGCUAAUAACGGGAGUGCACAGGUGACGAUAUGAGCGGUGAGAUAGAAUUUAGCUGUGUUGAACAUAAUUGAGAAUCAAAGUGGAAUGAGGAGAGAGACCCCGGGGAAGGAAGGGGUUGCGCAAGAACCUCACCGUAGCCUCCAAGGAACAUCGACUUGUCCUCGCCAAGUCCUUAACAUAAUCUGCCCAUAACGUAAAUGGCAAGGUUGGGCCUGAGUUCCAAACGUUGAAGCCUGGAGAUACCAGGCCUUGUGCAGUGCCGGUCUUGUGAAGAAGCUGACGUGAGAUUCAUUGGUGGGCUGUUUGGUGAUAUGUUUGGGUGACAGUUGUGCCCAGGCGCCUGAUGACCUGCUUAUUCCCCUCUCAGUCCCCACUUCCGACACAGGAAUUUGAGGUAACCCAACGUCAUCGAGGUCUUGCGUGGCUGUGAUACCGGGUGAAAGAAAAGGUCUUGCGUGUUGCUUGCAAAGGUGGGCACAGAAGCUCAGCUGGCGUUUCGGAAGCCAAAGAAGCGCGAUGGUGGCGCUGCUCGCGGCUAAGCGGCCACUGGAUGACGCCUGCGCUUGAACGAGCCCUGUAGGGCCGUUGAAGAGACCAGACCAACUGUCGGUCGGUAUCUUAGCAAACCUUGUGACCCGAGUCUCUGGGCCGAACUUGUGGUGGGCUUCCGACGCACCAGGAUUGCAUACCAUGCGUUGCAGGGGUUGGGGCAUAUAUGCUCAACCAACAGCAGCCGCGGACACCGUAGAACACAACCUGCGCAACGUGAGGAGGGUGCUAUACCAUACGUCCCCGGGGCGAGCAGCUUGUGCUCAACAAGUCAGAGGUCGCAGAGGCAGCUGCUGAAUACGGCAGCAUCUACCUCGAAAAGUCGAGUGAUGCCGGGUGGUGAGCGGUCAAGAAACCCAACAUGUCGCUCGCUCCCGGGCGAAUCACACUCUUGAGUCUCGAAACAGACGCGCUUAUAAAUGCCUUGCAUCUGUGACUUUCCCCAAUAAAGCGGUCUCCCGGGUCGGACACCAACAGCGAGAUGACGAUGUCGCGCUAGCAAGGAAGUCCUCAGCCCUGCCACAGCAGCCAGGGAGGUGCGUGCAAAACAACCUAGCGCACUUACGCAUCAGAUUUUGGAGCCUCCUGGUUUGUGGCGCCUGUACCAAGCAUAGGACAUGUCCGUAGAGACCCAAAAUAGUCUUGAUCCCUAUUCGUCACCGUUGCAGUCUCCUCACGAGUCUCCAAGACAGCGGAAAUGUGGCAGAAAGUGCUAUGAUUAUCCGAGGACUGUUUGGGAUAACGAGAGAUUGACCGCUCUUGGUGGUUGGUGGUCGACUUGGACUGGCGGGCUGAGCACCGCGGCCCUUUGAGUUCUGCAUCAGCAUGCAAGCCCAGGUGUUGGGUAUGAUCCAGGCGUGUGACGGCAUUCGCAGCAGCGGUUGACAGGGGUGGCCCCAAGGGAAGAAGACUACUUAUAUCAGCUGCUGAUGUCUUCCUCGAGGUCGCCAUACUCAAAUAGAACCCACCAGCCAACGCUGGACGUUCAAAUGUGCGAUGCCAUCAAGUAUCGACCCCUCGUACCUCGGCCUCUCUCUCCGAGCGCUGUCGCCCAACACAAACAUGCAAGCAUCGAACUCGGGUGCGCUGAAACAUCCAGCCUCCGACCCCCCAUCACCGUCAUCUGAUGGCGGGGCGAAAUCGUCGAGAGUAUGCCUGAAUUGUCGCCGAAAGAAAAAGAAAUGUGACAAGAAGUUGCCGUCUUGCGGUAGAUGCACCUAUUCCCUCGAGUUUUGUCAGCACGAAGAUGACACAGCGGUUUCCCGCCCGAUCGAAGCCUCCGCCCAGACUAGCUUUGACACCUUUGCCAGUCUUAAUGCUCAAGGCGCAUUUUCCUUGAACCCUUUCCUGGGCAACCAGCUUGGCCCUGCAAUCGGCCCAUCCUUGUUUGCGUCGCUCGGCACGACAGAGGACAUACAUCAUUUCGUGUUUCGAAGCGUAACGCAGAUGAUGGGGGACCAGCUGACGGCCGAGAGCAUCGUGCGUUACUACUUUGGAACGGUCAACACGUGGUUCACCAUCGUGGAGAGGUCUGGUUUCGAGCCGCGGUUCGGUCAAAUGUGGACAGAACCGUCAGCGGAAACUGGAUUGUUAGCACUGUCAAUGCUCCUGAUCGUCCGCGCGCCGGAGGAUACACCCGGGGUGUCGAUGCAAAACAGCCUCUACCAUUCCAUAAAGACACUCUGUGGCCUUGUUGCUGCCAAGGAGCCCAUGUCUAUCCCCCUCCUCCAGGCGAACCUACUGGUGUGCCUGUACGAGCUCUGCCACUUCAUGCCGCAGCAAGCCUACAUGACACUGGGGUCAUGCGUAACUAUCAGCCGCGCAUUCGGCUGGCUCAAUGAAUCCUUCUGGAGACAAGAUCAGUGGAUUGUUAGGCCAAGGGUGCUGAAGGCCUAUUCCAUCAUCUGGUGGGCCAUGAUGUUUCUGGAGAGCGGUAUCCAGGCUGAAGAACUGGGGUUCCCGCGUAGUAUCCCGUUGCUUGACUUCCAAGUGCCAUUUCCAGAACACUUCGACCCAUUUCUUCCCUCGGCACAGAACCAGCAGUACGGCGGCACCACACAGCGAGAGGUGUUCAGGUUCGCGGACGAUGGGGAUGACAAGAUCGACACAAUUGUUUUCCCCGAGGCCAAAUCAACAUCCCUGCUCCUUCAGGUGCUGCAAAGAACAUCAGGCCAGGCCAGCAUGACCGGGGCCUCCCGAGAGAGCCUGACAAAUGCGAUGAUGGAUCAUGCUCGUCACAUCGUCUCCACGCCCUGGAAGGACUCGAGCCGGUUUGCCGCUCUGAGUCUCACUUAUACCGCGAUUCUCAAGCUUAAUCACCCGCAUCUCGGGGUCGUGAGUUCUGGAAACACACACGACACCAUGGAUAGAGCAGCGAUCCAGACCACACUCCCCGUCAUUGAGUCAAUCUGUCACAGUGCAAGGCUUAUGAGCUCAUCGGGCAGCCUGUCGUUCUUGGGGCCCCUGGUGCCCCCGAUGGCGCACAGUAUAUUCUUAGGCGCCAUGAUUCUUAUCAGGCUGGGAGAUGUUGUCAUGCACGACCCAGAAUGGCCGAGCAAAGUCCAAUUGCUUCGCAGUUGCCUCGAGGUGUUUGCAAAACGAUGGAAAAUUGCAGAGAAACACCUACAGGCGUUGAAUGCGGCUUUCCAGACUCACCUGAAUCAUUUGCACUCUCGAUGA